UACAGUUGUACUUCCUAGCAAGUGCAACCCUAAGAGGAAAAUAGAAAACAAACAUAGUAUAUAUAUUUGACUGCCAAGGAGUCUUUGCUUUUUUAAGAAACACACAAACAAGGGAGAGGAUAGAGAUCCAACUUCAACUCAAGACAGAGUUAAAGAGACAGACAUACAUAUAUUCCCAUGGCCUCCUCCCAAUCUUCAAAGUUCUUGACAUUGACAGCAACCAUAACCUUAGCUCUCGCCGCAGCUCUCUCUGCUUCCACAGCCCUCUCCUUCUAUAUGUGGAGGAGGAAAUCUAGGAGUUUGGAAUCCAAGGUGGUAGAGCUCGAGAAAUCUCUCAAGUCCUCCAUGGACAAAUGUUGUGCUGAGAGGCAAGGUCGUAUUCGAGCUCAGCAGGCAUUAAGGAAGGGGCUAGCACACCCUCAGGCCAACAAUUUGGAAUUGUCUGCUUAUCCCAUGGCACCUAUUGGUAUCAUCCAGUCAUGCUACUCUACUAGGAAUGGGACACCCAGGCAACCUUUACUUGUACCCCUUGCUAGGGCAUGUUUGAUCUUUGAUCCAUCUCGGGUUCCCCCUGCAUCCCUUGAGGGUCUUAAAGAAUACUCUCAUUGCUGGAUUAUAUAUGUAUUUCACCUAAAUACGAAUCUGGAGAAUUUGUGGAAGCAACCAUCUAAAUCAAGGUUCAAAGCAAAGGUGAGAGUACCAAGAUUGAAAGGUGGAAGGAUGGGAGUCUUUGCUACACGAUCUCCACAUCGGCCAUGCCCUAUUGGACUCACCGUUGCUAAGGUGGAGGCAGUACAAGAUAAUAUGGUUCUUCUCUCUGGUGUGGAUCUGGUUGAUGGGACACCCGUGCUUGAUAUCAAACCUUAUCUACCCUACUGUGAUAGCAUUGAAGGAGCAAGAGUGCCGAAGUGGGUAUCGGGGGACAAUCUGUUAGCAGUAGCUUCUGUUAGCUUCUCUGAGGACUUCCCUUACACUCUUGCUGAGUGUUGGGUUAAAACAGAAAAGAAGUCACUUUAUGCAUCACCAGAUGAGUUCCAAAGUUUAAUAAAGCAGGUGCUUUCAUGGGAUAUUCGGUCACUGGCUCAGAGAAAUCGACCUCAUGACUAUCGUGUUGAGACAGAAAAUGGUAUAGCAUUGGGUAAUACCUCUGAUUCAGACAGUUACCAAGAUGAGAAAGCAUCUACCCACAUAACUGAUCAGGCUUCUCCUAUCGAGGAAAUAAUUUAUCACUUGAGUUUGGAAGGACUAGAUGUUUCAUAUAGAAUUGAUUGCAAUGGAAAUGUCCUUGUUGAGAAAGUCACAAUUUCAUCUGAUGUCCCAGACAAUCAUCAAAAGCGCUGCAAUUACUCAGAAUGGAGUGACAAACUUAGGUUUCAUAAAGGUCUUUGAGACCUGAUGUUGUUUCAUUACUUAGAAUUCUUUUUGUCAACUUCCUAACAAGUUUGAUUUCCAAAUAUUUUUGUGAAAUGAGUGGCUACCCAAGCAAUUUUUAGCUGAAUGCAAGGCCUGGGAAUAGCAUUUUGGUUAUAUUACUGGCCAGAGUUUUAUUUUCAUUCUAAUUUCAAUUAUUAGAAGCUGGGAGCCUGGGUGCGUUUAUUGGUUCA